GUAUUUUGUCAUGUGCUACUUUUCUAAAUUUUAUGAUUAAAAAAUAAGGAUGAGGUUUAUACAACACGAAGUUGUGUUUGGAGAAAAAAUGUGGGAAAUAGAAUUUUGUUGGUCCAAUCCAAAUUGAUAUUUCCAAAGGCGAUAGAGAAGAAGAGGAAGAAGAAGCUGGUAGGGUUGAGUCAAGUUAAGCUUCUCUCUCUUUUAUUAAUUCUAUUACUACAUCAUCAUCAUCAUCACCAUCUUCAACAUAGAUGCAACCAAACCAAUGCAUAAAUAAAACCAUCCUCUUUCCUCUUCUGCCAUCGCCCAAACCUCAAAAGAACCAAAAUCAACAAAACUAUCACACAUCCCAAUAACAAACAAUGUCAUCGUCGCCUUUUCCUCCCUGCUUCCGUCCCUCUCCCACCACCGACGUUCCCCCUCCUCCGCCGCCACCGCCGCCGCACUCCACAAUCUCAAACCUCACAAUCUACCACACAGACACAGGUCCCGUGUCCCUCACGUGGUCACGCUCCGUAGUGGGUCGCUCCCUUCACAUUCAACUCCACCGCCAAUCUUUAGACUCCAUCUCCUUCCACCUCCACAUACGACCCUUCGUCUUCUGGAAAAAGCACGGUGUGAAGAAGCUGGCCCCCGACACAGUCCUCUUCUGGAACCUUGCCAAGGCCAAAUUUGGGUCGAACCCGGAACCCGUUUCGGGAUUCUACGUUGCCCUUGUGGUUAACAGCCACAUGAGCCUCCUCCUCGGCGACGCCGCCAGAGACGCGUAUUCGAAGUCCCGGGCCCACCAACCGGCCACCCCGCAACUGCUCCUCCUCAAGAAAGAGCACAUCUUCGCCGACCGCGUCUACUCCACGCGCGCAACGUUCGGCGGCCGGGCGCGUGAGAUUCAGAUCGAUUGCGGUUUCAGGGACCACUCCAAACUCUCGUUCAGCGUGGACGGCGAGAAGGUGCUGCAGAUUAAGCGCCUCAAGUGGAAGUUUCGCGGCAAUGAGCGCGUCGUAGUUGACGGCGUGCACGUGCAAAUCUCGUGGGACCUUUACAACUGGCUCUUCGACAAGAACAACGCCGACGCGCACGCCAUUUUCAUGUUCAAGUUCGAGGACGAGGAGGAAGAAGCGGUGGCUGAUAGGAACUUGGCGGGGUUGUGGAAUUUGGGGGUUUGUGAAUGGGGCAAGACUUGGUCUUCUUCCUCGGUUUCUUCUUCUGGUGGGUCCUUCGGCGGAAGCUCCUCUGUUUUGGAAUGGUCCAGUGUGGAGGAGAAUGAGUUGGUCGUUCCCGUUGGGUUCUCUUUGCUCGUUUACGCUUGGAAACGCUGAAGAACUGAAAUUGAAAAGAGUUUCAUCCAAGAAAUGAAAAUCACUUAAUUUCAGUAGUUUGGAAACUACAGAAGAAUUGCGUUGGAAGAAGCAGUUGACAGUUGCGUUGGCUAACGGGCGUGUCCUUCGUGUUGAGGACCACAUGAAUUUGUUUCUGUUAGUCUUGUGAACACGAAACAAAACAAAAACAAAAGAAAACAAAUGGUUGUCUGCCAGCGAUUUCGGUUGAAACUGAACCUUUUUACUUGGUCAAUAAUCAGCAGUUUAUAUGAAUUUCAUUUGGCUACGUGGUCUGUUUAUUAAUUAUAAGAAUUAAACGUUUCUAAUUGAAC